AUGCAUGACAGAGAAUGGAGAGAAAUAUUAAGUAAAAUAAAUCAUGGUCAAUAUUUAAGUUAUCGCAGUAUGAUUAACACAAUUAAAGGGGAUUUAGCAAAAAAACAUCCACAUAUAUACGAAGAGUGGAAAAAAGAAAAAUUUAAUAUCAAUCACUUGUUUUCACUGCAAGAUGAAGAUAUGCGUUAUAAAUACACAUUAUUGCAUAUUUUUGUUUAUUAUGGCUUAGAGGGUGCAAUAAAAUCCCUAUUAGCAGGAGAAAAUGCAGAAGGUGAAGAAGAUAUUGAACUUUCUGUAUAA